AUGGCGGGGCUACUGAAGAAGACCACUGGCCUUGUGGGAUUGGCUGUGUGUAACACUCCGCAUGAGGAACCAGAUGUUAAAAAAUUAGAACAACAGCUUCAAGGGGGACAAAUUGAAGAAGUCAUUUUUCAGGCUGAAAGUGAAUUAAGUUUGGCAAGAAAAAUGAUACAGUGGGAGCCAUUGGUGGAGGAGCCUCCUGCCAAUCAGUGGAAAUGGCCGAUAUAA